GCGGAGCCGAAGCCGCCUCUCCGGCGGGAUGCGGCUCCCCGCACUGCUGGCCUGCCUGGCGGGUUGCGCGCUGCUGCUGCUGCCGCCGGCCGGCCUGGCCUGCGGGCCGGGGAAGGGCCACGGCCGGCGGCGGGGCCCCCGGAAGCUGGUGCCGCUGGUCCUGAAGCAGUUCAGCCCCAACGUGGCGGAGCAGACGCUGGGCGCCAGCGGCAAGGCGGAGGGGAAGAUCAGCCGCGGCUCGGAGCGCUUCAAGGAGCUGAGCCCCAACUACAACCCGGACAUCAUCUUCAAGGACGAGGAGAACACCGGGGCGGACCGCCUCAUGACGCAGCGCUGCAAGGACAAGCUGAACUCUCUGGCCAUCUCGGUGAUGAACUUCUGGCCCGGGGUCCGGCUGCGGGUCACCGAGGGCUGGGACGAGGACGGCCACCACUCGUCCAGCUCGCUGCACUACGAGGGCCGGGCCGUGGACGUCACCACGUCCGACCGGGACCGCCACAAGUACGCCACGCUGGCGCGGCUGGCGGUGGAGGCCGGCUUCGACUGGGUCCACUACGAGUCCCGGGCGCACGUCCACUGCAGCGUCAAGUCAGAGCGGGUGGCGAGGGCCCAGCCCCUGACCUGAUCACAAGGGAAACUAUCAAAUCACUCCAUGGCGGCCAAGGAAGGCGGCUGUUUCCCUGGCAACGCCUCGGUGACGUUGGAGGGCGGCGCCCGGAAGUCCAUGAG